ACCAGAACAAUACAAGUGGGAUGCCAAUUCGAAAUGGGGCCAGAAUAGCAGAGGCAGCCUGUUAGUUGAGCAACGAGCUUUCGAGUUAGGCCUGUCAAAGUCAAAGCUCCGUUGUGAACCAUCUCAGUUCUCGUUUGUCUACGUGCGCGUCAUUUUCACUAUUUCGUUUGUUAUAUUAUUUUUUCCUUUUAAUUGUUUCGUGCUCCUAGAAAGUUAUUUAUCAAAUAUUUAUUGAGAAAAGUUUUCUCUUCUCCUUGCUCUCUCUUUCUUUCUUUCUUUCUUUUCCUCUUUUAUUGUGUUUGUUAUUACGUUACAUCGUGGACCAAAGGAUUAGAGCAUGACGAGAAAGCAAACUUUGAUCAUAAAACUUAAAAGAUCCAGUACUGGUAGACCUUGGGGAAUAAGAAUUGCUGGUGGAGCUGAUUUGGGUUCACCUAUUGUCGUCACCCGCUCGGAGAACGAGGAGCUCCAGAGGGGUGACGUGAUAAAAAAAAUCGACGAUUACGACACACGUGAUGUGAGGCAUGUAGACGCCCAAAAUCUUCUACAAAAGUCUGAAAGAAUAAAGCUCGUCGUGGAAAGGUCCGAACAUUCUAGAGCAUCUCGUAUCGACACUCCUACAACAUCGCCUAUGAUUAUCGGCUCGAUCAUUGGCGGCAGGGCUGCGGUUACUAGUCUAGCUAAACCAACUAAAAUACCAGGGGAAUUACCAAAAAGUCCGGUACCACCGCCAUCAUUCGAAGAAUAUAUACCAUCUCCAAUUCCGUCGGAUCGUUUCCAACCAGCACACGAACAUCUCGAUGAAGUCCGCGAGGAACGAGUUUAUUUAUCACAGCCAUACCGUACAACUCCUUUAGUCUUACCAGGUGCCAAGGUUAAAAAGGAUGCACCCUUGGGAGAAUGCUACCUUCGUCAUCAUCCCAAUCCUAUGAUUCGUGCUGCACCACAUCAUUACGAACCAGCUCAUCCUGAAGUAGCUAUGAAACAAAAAGUGGCGGAAACGGUACUUCAACGUGUUUUGGGACCGAAUGACGUUCCAAAGGUUGUCCAUAAACAAUUCAAUUCUCCGAUUGGACUUUACUCCGAACAAAAUAUUGCAGAUACUAUCAAAUGUCAGGCAUCGGCCAUACCAACGCCUUACAUCAAAAGCAAUCUGAAUGGAAAUGCAAAUGUGAAUGGAAAAGCAGGUCCAAAGAUGUCAGUAAAGUACGAUCCGAGCAAGAGUGAAGCUUAUAAGGCCCUACAAGAAGAAGCUCUCGGUGAUACGGUCCAAGAGGUUAGGCAGCCGGCACGUACCGGUGUUUUUUCCCCACAAAAAGCCAAUUAUAAUAGGAUUCCCCAUGCACGACCAAAGAGCCCUGCUGCAUCAUACGGUGGAAAUUAUAGACGUCCCUUCCCCCUUCCUUUCAUUAAGGAUCGCAUCAACGACUAUUAAAUUUUUUCAUCGAAUUGUGAACGUUCUUGACGAUGACGGUGAAAAAAUACAUCAAAGCAACAGCUUCAAGAGGAUUAUGUAUAGUGUCCUGGGACAAACAGAUUAUUAAAAUAGUUCCUGAACUGACACUAUAUUUUAUUUAUGUUAAUUGAAUAUAUGUGUAUAUAUAUAUAUAUAUAUAUAUAUAUAUAUAAUACAUGAUAUAUAAAUUUUAUUUAUUGUACUGUGCAAUAAACAAAUGGCCAAAGAAAAACAUUGAAUAUAGAACGUAAUGAUGUAAUCUUUUAUUCGAUAUGUUAUGUAAGCAUAGUAUUAUCAUAUUAACCUUUAGAGCUUGUAGAUUUUUUAAUUUAGCAGAAACACUUUAAUUAAAAGAAAUUGAUUGAGAAAUUUGACAAAUACAUAAUAAUAUACUGGUUUUAUUAUAUUUUUAUGCAUAUAAUGAAUAUAUUAUUUGCAUGCUAUAUCGUAUAUUGAACAUUAUAUAUUUAAACAAAUCAAAUUUUUUAAAUCAUCUUUAUUUUCUUAUUUACAUGAUAACAUCUAUACAUAAAGUGGAUGUAUGAUAUAGAAGAAAUAAAUACAAAAAAUGUUGUAAUAUAAUUUUAUUUUUAAUUACUACAAUUUGCAUUUGUUUAAUGAAUAAACUUUAUUUUUUUUAUCAGUCAUAUAUAUGCAUUUAAAUUGUUAUUAUGCAUAUUAUUACAGGAUUGUUGGAACAGAACUGCAAUGUCCACAUUUGAUCAGAUUGUAUCUACAGAAUAUUCUAGCAGUAAUUCUCAAUUAUCAUUUCACUAUUGAUGAUUCAAAUUAUUUGACAAAAUAGAAAUUGUCAGGUAUAGCCGUUUUCACUUUAAUAACAAUCCAAUUCUUUGAAUAAUAUAAUUAUUCAAAAACAUAGCGUGUGCAAUUAUAUCUGAUAUAAGAAAUAACAGCACACCCCAACAAAUACUCAUUCGUAUGUCCAAUCUUUCACAAAUAGAAGAAUAUAAAUAUUAUCCCUUCGUAAACUAUGUAGUUUCCAAUCUGUAUAAUCGAUUUGAAAGAAAACUGAUAUUCAAAUUAUAUUAUAAAUUAGUUAUUCUAGUUCAUCCUCUACUUUCACGAACUUCUUACAACGAAAUGUUUGCUGAAACUCUUCAUGAAAAAUAUUUAAAGAAAAAUAAUUUUUUAUUUUACAUAUUAUUUAAUCCCAUUAAAUUUAAUUAAUAUUUAAUUAAUUUAAAUCUAAUUAAAUAUGUUAUGUUAUUUUUAAUUUUACACUACGAUAAAGAAUUUAUUUUUCUUUCCUUUGGUAUACAAAUUACAUAAGGAAAAAUAAAUAAUUAUUACUUUUUAUAAGUCAUGAAGAGAUCCAGUUUAUAUUUCGAAAAUGUAACUAUUAAUAGACGUACGCACUGCGUAAUAUCUUAUUAAAUUAAAAAUAAUACUUUUUGUUUAAUCUUGUUCACUGGACAGGUUUUUCUCAUGGUCAUAUUAACAAAUAAUAUAUGAUAAUACUUUCACAUGAAUAUCUUAUUCUAAUACAAAUUUCAAAUUUGGUUAAAACCCCCAUGGAUUAGCAAUGAAUAAUACAUAUCAGCAACAUUUGUCCUUCCAUUAAACUGAUUUCAAUGAAUGAAGAUUACUUUUCCAAAAUCUCGAUUCUAACAGUUUCAUCAUACAAAUUUGUUUAUAUAUUGUUAACGUCUAUGUUAUUCUAAAAGCCAAAGUAAUAUUUAAUUACUUAUAUCCAAAUAGUGAGUGAAAAUAAAAUGCUAUGCGCAUGAAUUAUUCAUUGCAGGAAUAUAUGGGUAACUAUAUAAAAUGUAAUAAUUAAUUAUUAAAAACAAUUAAAACUAAUACAAUGUAGCCUCUUUUACCCAUAAGGUCCAUGCAAUAAAAAAAAAGAAGCCGUAUAAAUAAUAAAACGUAUAAUAAAUAUACAUUUUGCAUUAGUGUGAUAAAAUAUUCAUGUGUACAGUGAUUUUAUAAGUUGAUUACUAACAAAGAAAUCAUUUACAUAGUUGCGUGGUGAUAUUAUCUCCAUUGACAUAGAAUAGAACAAAAAAAUAACAAAUAUAGUAUAAUAUAAUAAAUAAAAUUUGUUUCUACAUAGCACUACGAAGGAUUAUUAAACGUUCAGUGAAUCAUCCAGAAUUUGUUUAAGUUCUUUUAGAUGUUGCAUUUUGCUACCUGUUGCAGGAGAUGCUGCAGUGGGACGGCCAGCAUAUCUGUAACAUAUGAAUUAUUGAUUUAACUAUAUCUAAUAAUACAAAAAAAAAACAAAUAAAUAUUUUUCUCUUUCUGCACACACGUAAUAUAAAUAAAUGUAAUGUAUAAUUCACAAUAAUAUGCAUAUACAUGAAUCUUACAAUAUGCCAUCGAUAUUACCUCACUAUUCUCUGCUUAGAUUUAUUAGUAUCUGAUGACUCGGGCAUGGGAGUAGGUUUUACUGGUUUGGAUGAAGAAAACCAACCACUCAACCAUCCUUCACUACUUUCGCUUUCUUUGGAUUUUGUCGCUUCUCCAAAACUGUAACAUGGCCCAAAUUUCUUUCAUUUUUCAAGAUACAUUUGUUUUUUUUUUUUUUUUUACAAAGUGAAUACCAUUAUCAAGAAGUGUAAACAAAUUUAAAAUUGGAAAUAACCAUUAUUGCAUUAUAAAUAGCAUUACUAAUAUACUUAAUAAAGUGGAAAAAUGUGGGCCAUGUGAACAGAUAGAAUUAACCAAAAAAAAAAAAAAAAUAAAUAAAUAAAAAAUAUAAAAAAAUAAAAAA